AUGGGUCCCAUGCCAGUAUCCAAAGAUGACCUUACCAGCCGCGUCCUCCCACAGAUGGUACUUUCUGAGAGGUCCAAUCCGUUAACCAGGUCCCAUACCCCCUUGUCAAGUGACCUUACAGUCGCAGAAAAGGCGGCGGCGAGGUUUUCUGUCAAAGGCAACGCGAUCGUCACAGGAGGGUGUGGCAACCUUGGGAUCGAGGCAGCACGUGCCCUCCUGGAGCAUGGCGCGUCGGGCGUGUCGCUAUUUGACGUGAAUCCAGCACAAGUACAGGAUGUUGUCGACAAGCUGUGUUCUGAUUUCCCAUCGGCAAGGGUCACCACGAGGAAAGUGGACGUCCGCGACCAGCAGGUCGUUCAAGCAGCCGUCGCUGAGACUGCUGCCGAGCUCGGAAGCGUUGAUAUUCUCCUGUGCUUCGCAGGUGUGGUCGCUUGUAACCACGCCCUUGAUGUUGCACUUGAUGAGUGGAAGCGUACGCUUGACAUCAAUACGACAGGAAGCUGGCUGUGUGCCCAAGCAGCGGCAAAACAGAUGAUCAAACAAGGGACAGGUGGUAGCAUCGUCUUCACAGCAUCCAUCUCCGGGCACAGUGUCAAUUUCCCCCAGCCACAAGUCUCGUACAACGUUUCCAAGGGUGCACUCCUGCAACUAAAGAGCUCUCUUGCUGCCGAGUGGGCUCGGUAUGGCAUCCGUGUCAACAGCAUCAGCCCAGGAUAUAUGGACACAAUAUUGAAUGAAGGUCCGGGGCUCGAAGAAGCUAGGAAUCUAUGGUACUCGAGAAAUCCCAUGGGACGCAUGGGGGACCCGAGCGAGCUGACAGGUGUUGUGGUGCUCCUCUGCAGUCGUGCGGGGAGGUACAUCAACGGGGCUGAUAUUAUUGUGGACGGUGGUGGAUCUGUUUUCUGA